CGAAUUAAAGUGAACACCAAACCCACACGUGAGUCUGCAGCAGUGUAUUUGAAAUGAAGCGUCUGUAUGUGGGUGGCCUCAGUCAUUCAGUGACAGACAAAGAUCUGAAGGAUCGAUUUGGAAAGUUUGGAAAAGUGGAAGAUGUGGAGCUGAAGACCAGGACCGACACGCAUGGAGUUCCAUACAAAACUUUUGGCUACAUCAACAUCAACAUUUCUGAUUCGGAUCUCAAGAAAUGUCUGAGUGUUCUGAACAAGACCCAGUGGAAAGGCGGGACCCUGCGGAUCGAGGCAGCCAAAGAGAGCUUUCUGCAGCGUUUGUCACAGGAGCGUGAGGACUUGGCUCAGCUCUCCCUGACCCCUCCUGGACCCUCCUCCCACAGAAAGUUCUUGGACUCUCUGAAAGAAGCGGGAGUCUCUAACUUCACCAUGAAGUCUGCGGUCCCCGGCACCGAGAUCCCAGGACACAAGAACUGGGUGGUGGGGAAGUUUGGCCGGGCUCCCGUGCUCCAGCUCAAGUGUCGUCGCGGUGACAGAGUGCGGACAGUCAAGUACGAUCCGUCCAAAUAUGGGCAGAACCUGCGUGUGCUGGCCCUGCCCUCUGGCCCUGAGGACACGCCCACACCUGUGUCACAUCUCACCUGGACGGUAGAGGGUGGAGACGAUGACAUCAGCCGCAAAAGGAGAGGAGAGUUUCUCCCCUACACCCCAAAGCGGAGGAAAAUGAAGGAAAAAUGGAUGGCUCCAGUCGUCCAAAUCGGAAUGUUCCGUGCACCUCUUAACAGCGAAUCAGAAGAAGAACUGCUGCAGAUCAAAAACAGCUCCCACAAUGUAUUGAGGCCAGAGGACAACACCCUGGAGGUGGUUUCAUCAGAAUACACCCACAGGAAGAAAGAUGAGGAUGAUUGCGACUCAGCGGACACAGACGAAUUGUUCUCCAGAAAACCCCAGAUGAACCAAAACAAAAUUGCUCCAGAAAAAAAGCACAAAAAACAAAAUGGACGCCGCUCUGAAUAUGACUCGAUAGACAAUGGGAACAAAGAGGAUUCCGGGAAGAAGGUGCAGAAAGUCAAGAAAUCUGUUAAGAUGACUGAAGUAAAAAAUGUUCAGCUACAAGAGCGCAAAAUGGAAGACAAGGAGAGUUUAAAGGGACAUGGACAAGAUACUAAAGUAGGAAGCAAGGAUAGGAGAGAGGAGAUGAAACAAGGAGGCAAGGAGGUAGAUUCCGAGGAUGAUUCCGAUUAUGAUUACAACUCUUUGUUUUCCAAUGUUGUUCGAUUAGAAAUGUCGCUAUCGGACCUCGAAAUGUUAGCCGAAAAAUAUGCUCCUGAGGGUUCGACUCCAACUCCCAGAAUCCUCAGUGUGGAUGACAUCAGUGGUUCCUGCACAUCCAAAAAAGGCACAACACCAGAGGAGAUCCUGGCAUCCAUUUUGGAGGGAGGAUCGACUGACGAAGAGGAGAGGAUGGGCAGGAAGAGCAAACAAAAAAAGAGGAGUGUGGCUGUGAUGUCAUUUCCUGCAUUCAGAGGGACCGAAGAGUUAGAGAAAAAGUAUGGAGGAAAGAUGGAGGAGGAAGACGAGGCAAACGCCAGCAGCGAAGGAGAGCGAGAUGAGGUUAGCUCUGCUCAAAGUGAACCCUCCAGCGAUAAUGAAGAGGAUGAAAAGGACGAAGAGGACAACAAAGAUGGUUCAGAAAAAGAAACUUCCAGCAGUGAGCGAGAUGAAGACAGUUCUGAGUUGAGCAGCGAAGAUGAAGAGGAGGAAGCGGCGUCUCAACCAAUCAGAGCCAUUGUUGAUCCAUUGAAAACCAAUCUGAAAAGAUCUGCCCCUGAGGAGGAGGCGGAGCUUCAGAGGAGAGCCAAUGAGAGGAGGCUGGCAGCUGUCCAGCAGAGACAGAAGGAGGCUGAGCAAAAUCGCAAACUAAUCCAGGGGGCGUUGUCCAAAACUGGUGAGAGACCUGACAGUGCCCUAGGUGGAUCGGGAGGGAAGCACAUUGUCUUUGGCUCCGAGGAGGAAGAGGAGGAAGAGGAGACCCAUAAACCUGAAGAAACACAAGAGCUGCCCUCAACCAAUCAGAACAGGGCUUCAUCAGCUCCUCGUUUGUUUGACAGCGAUGAUGAUGAAGAGGACGAAGAGGAGGGGGAGCAAGAGCAGUUUGAGAUUAGACCUGAGUUUGAAGGAGCUGCAGGACACAAGCUGAUGGCGCUACAGUCUCGCUUUGGGACAGAUGAGCGAUUCAAGAUGGAUUCUCGUUUCCUGGAUGACGUAGCAGAGAGUGAAGAGGGGGAGGGCUCAGAUCAUGCAGAUGCAAUGAGCGAGCAGCAGGAGGCUCUGGAGCAGGAGAAACAUAAGAACCUGUCAAUCCUUCAGAGCAUCCUUGGCCCCAGCACUGCUCCAGCACAACCAGGAGGAGGCAGCAGAGCCAAGGCCCAGACCUUCAGGGACGUGUCGGCACUGCACUACGACCCCAGCAAAGAGGAACACGCUGCAUUUGAGAAGAAACUCGAGGAGACCAAAGAGAGUAAAGCGUCACGGAGGAAGAAGAGAGAAGAGGCUCAGAAACUUCCAGAAGUGUCCAAAGAAAUCUACUUUGAGGUCAACACUGAUCUGAAGUCUGUUUUCGGGAAAGAGACAGAAAAACGGGAAAACCAGGAGAAAGACAAGGAAGAGGAGAGGAACUGGGACCAGAAGGAGGAAGGAGAUGAGGAGAGAGGAGACAAGGAGCUUGGAAACAAGGAGGGUGGAGAGAAGACAGAAAAGGAAGAAAGCGGAGAAUUCAAGUUCUCUUUUUUUGGAGAUGAACCUGAGCCACAAACACAACAGAUUGAAUAUAAAGUGCAGAAUAUUUUGGCACCGAAGUUGUCAUGGCAACAUGACCCCAGACUGAACGACAGCAGCGAGGAAGAGGAGGAUGAAGAGAGAGGAGAGGAAGAGGAUAAGGAGGAAAAUGAGGAGAGCGCUGCACCAGAGAAAUCUACAGAAGCGACAUCAAGUCUAUUCUUCUUCUUUACCAAUGACCCACGGCUCACAGAUGGACCUCGAUGGUUCUGCAGAACUUCACUGGAGGAACAGAGAGAGACCUGGGAUGAGACCAGGACCCAGCUCAGACAGGACUGUAAGAAGAAGCACAAAGAUGCACGGAGGAAACUGCGUGUGCAGCGCUGAGCAUCAUGGUAGAA